AUGGCAGAAGGAAGAAAAGCAGCCGACCAAACGAAGGGCGCCUUCAAAGGCGUCGGUGACGCCAGCGAGAGUGCAAGGAAGAACGUCAACAGCUUCAUCGACGAGCUGGGCGGCAACAAGCAGUCGAGCUCUGGCAUCCAUCCUGACGCGAAGAAGACAGGCGAUGAGGCGGCGAAAGGUAUUGGUGCGGCGGCUGGGAAGGUCGAGGGUGCUGUUGACAAGAACAAGAAGAGUUCAUGA